GAGACUGCGAGGGGUGGAAUGCUGAGGGUCCGCGUGCGGGCGCGAGUCUCGCGUCGACCGUCGUCGGGCUGAGUGACAGUUUAUCGCUAGUCAACUUCGCAGAAAACUCGGAUUAAACGUCGUUUUCUGUCGCUAAAGAAGCAGCCAAACGCUCCCGCCGGCUUCACUCGAGGGAUUUUAAUGGAUACGGAUUGUUUUUUUCGGUUGAAUUCGGUGUGAAUAGGCUUAGCGUUACGCUUUUCACCAGUCUUUCUUUAGCCAGUUACGGUAGGAUACGGUAAAGUUGGAUAAACGGUAAACGUUCACAACGCAGCGUUAACUGGAGCUGCCUGACUUUUGAGGGCUUUAAUCUGCUAAAAGUUCCCAAUUUCUUUGUGUUGGAACAUUUUGUGGUUGAAAGAACCGUCCAAGAAAGACUUCUGAGUGUUUUUGCUGGAUUUUGCUCUGUUUGUGGAUUACUGCCUGCUCUCCUUUGUACAUUAGACCCUGUCGAUGAAUUGGGUAUCAGUGAUGUCGCUGCCAGUACAAAUGCGAGACCAGACAAAAGUGGGUUUGGAGGUACCACAGGUGGAAGACUAGAGCGAGAUCUGCAGUUCCAUCAACAGAAGAAGGACAAAGGAAGAAAACAGUUGGAUCUUUAAGAACGUUCAAGAAGGACGUCACUAACUGUGUUCCAGGACAACUAGAGGGAAAGUUGUUUUUGGUGUCACAAAACAGCUUCUGUGUGCUCCUGAGUUCAGCAGUAUUCCACCAUGUUCUCCCCAACUGCAGCCAUCCCUCCUCCACCCCUACUGACAGGAAGUGCACUCGCUGUGCCCGGUGCUUCACCUGCUGGUCCCUACACAGAGCAGGACCUGCUGCGUCAUGAGCUGAACUCUCGCUUUCUGGCCUCUCAAGGUGUGGAGAGAGGACCUUCACUGGCUGGGCCAGCGUACCUGCGCACCGAGUUCCAUCAGCACCAGCACCAGCACCAACACCAGCACCAGCACACGCACCAACACACACACCAGCACACCUUCACGCCCUUCCCACAUCCAGCCAUCCUGCCCGGCCCUGCUGCACCACUGGUGCGUACCCCUGCCAGACAUUUCGACAAAUACCCACCAAAGGUCGACUCUGUCCACAGGCACAAUUUACUCCACUCCUACCCACCAGUAAUGCCUGGGAUGUCUCCCAUGGUGCCCCCAGCAGGAAUAUUCAGCUCUCUGCAGGGAGCCUUCCAGCCCAAGGCCUCAAACCCACUUGAUAUAGUACCCAGAGCUGGAGCGAUGCCCCGCCCUCUCAUGCAAAAGGACUCUAGAUUGCUGGAUUCAGGGUGUCAUACACCGAAGAAGCCAGGGAAGUGGUGUGCAAUGCAUGUUCACAUUGCUUGGCAAGUGUAUCACCAUCAGCAAAAAAUCAAGAAGCAGAUGCAAAUUGAGCCUCACAAGUUAGACUUUGGGCUGAAGCCAGAGUUCCUGAGUCGACCCUCUGGUGCAGGCUUCACAGGAAUGAUCCAGCAACCGCGUGACUUACCCCGCCCCUCCACCAUCUUUUCCAGUGCUGGUCCAACACACCCUUCAGUAUCCCCUUAUGGACACUUGCCUCACCCUCACACCAACCUGCACACCCCACCCUUUCAUCACGAAUCUCUUAACAAGCCACCUGCUUUUGGAGGUCUGGGAACAUUAAGCACCACAGCCUUUGGAGGACUUGGAAACCCCACAUUAACACCAAGCUCUGCUCACGGGAGUAAAGACUGUAAAGCAGUGCCACCUUCAGCCGUACCACAGGAGCCUUGGAACAGACUUCACCAGACGCCCUCCUCUUUCCCUACCCCUCCAGUGUGGCCUCGACCUCCUGAACCUGAAAAGACGACAUCAUCUGCAGGUCUGGAGAGAUCAACAGACAAGAGAGACUCCCUAUUCAACAAAGAAGAGCAGGAAAGGGAUACACAAGGGAAGCGCCUUUCGCCUCCUGUCACGAGUCCGCUGGCUCACAAGCAAACACUGGAGCCUUCUAGAAGCACGUCUCCUGAUCCUAAGGAUAAGGACAAACCCAGAGACAGAGUGCAAACACAAGACAUCCCUAAUCAAAGUGGAGAGCCAGAGGAUCAAAAGCACAAAGACAGCCAACGAGAAGAGAAGAGGGAAAAGAUUGUGAAGUAUGACCAGCGUCCAGUAGAGGAUAAAUCAGCUUCUGAGGAUACUUUGUCCCCAAAGCAACAGAGGGUGGAGGCAGAGAGGCGCAGCAGUGAUGGAUCACACUGGGAACCAGAGGCAAAGAGAAUUAGAGUGGAGGCUGAGCCUCAUGUAAAGAGUGUCCAGAUUAAGGUGAAGGAGGAGAGGAAAGAGGAGCAGGACUCACCUGAAGUCAAGCCACCUUCUAAAGCUUUGGAGAAACCACUGCAUGGACGUGGAACCCCUGGAAUGCAGUCUUCACCUGUGUCGUCUAUUCCUAUGGCUGUAGGAGUCGCAGGGGUUCCAGGCGGCAUUGAUAGGACUCGUCUGAUUGCGCCAUUUGUUGGGAUGAGCCCACUGCCUGUUGCUGAGAGACUGCCUUAUUCUCCACAGCACUGGGAUCCUAUGCGGAGUAUGUACAGGGGCAUGGACCUUCCUCAGAAAGAGUCCCUUCCCAAGGAUCUGUUGCUGAGGGCAGAUCCACUACAGCGUGCCAUGUUGGGGCAGCAGAUUUACCCGCGGGAUCCCUUCCUCCACUCACUGGCCCUGGAGCAACAGAGGAACCAGCUGGAGGAGCGACAGCGCAUGGCCCUCCUGCGGGAGGAGAGCGAGAGGGGCCGUCUGCUGGCUCUUCACCACGCAGCCAUGGACCCCCGCCUGGUCCAUCCAGGCCUCCUGCCCACAGCCUACCCCGGCCCAAUGUUCCCCCGCCUGGGACUGCCCCAAGCUCCGCACUACGGCGCACUCAGCAAGACUCUGCCUCCUCCCGGCUACAUACACCACGCUCCUCCACCCUCCCUGCUGCCCCCUCUCCCCGCUCGCUCAGCCUCCCCCAGACGGACUACCCCUCUGCCAGACCGGCAGGACAGAUCCAUCCCUCACUCAUACAGAGACUCAGAGGCUCCAUGAGCCCGACAGCAUGAGGGCCCGAGCGAAGGCCAGGCCCAGCCAAGCACUUCAUAUUAAAACGAGUGUACAAUAUUGAGAUGAUGUACAGGGGUGAAAAUCAUCGGGGCAGCUUUCUGGAUGCAGAUUAAGUCUAGUCUUUCAUAUUAAUUUGCUGUGUCAGUUGUGACUCACAGUUCACUGUCCUUCCUCAUCGUCUACUAGGCUUAAUCCAUCACCAAGAGACUGGCCCAUAAUGUUUUUUCUUUUUUUUUGUGAAAAGAAUUAAAAUAAUAAUUUUACGAAAAA